AUGGUGUCCGCCAAGUUGCACGAUGCGCUUGCGAAGUAUACCGCAGGUAACAACAUGAUACUUCGGCCUUUCCCGAACCCUGGUGCCCCCAAUUCUCACAAGCGCAACGAAACGACACCCGACGGCCGCUCGUUCGAAGAAUUGACCGCUCAGCAGCCUACCAACUUCGAUCCGACCAUUCAGUACGAGGAUGACCAACUACUAAAACUCAAUAUUGUUGGAACGAUCUCUGGCGGAGCGAAGGAGGACCGGCAAAUCCUCCUUUGCAAGGUCGACGAGGCCCCUCGCACAAACCUUGGAUAUUCGCCUAUUCCCGUAUUUGGCAACAAAAAGCAAUGCAUCGUGGCCAUAGUCGUUGAUGCAGUUUGCUACGGAGACUCUGCCAUGGCCGACUGGCAUCUUAGUCGCCGGACUGCUGCCCUCGAACACCUUCACAAGUCUACUGCAACCGGGUUUGGAACCAUUAACCCUGAAUACUGUGGCGCAUGGGUCUUGGAGGUGUACGAUAGUGCGGCGAACCUUCCCGGAUAUAAAAGAUAUAUCGGUGUUAUACUCAGGGAGCAUCUCGAGGGCGAGAGCAUUCGCGGAUUGUGCGAACGCGAAGAAGAUGAUGAGGGAGUCGGCAGGCUCACUGUACGUCCGAACCCAGUCUUACGUGCUGCAACCGAUGGCGGAGUAAUCAUGGUUGACCCCAGUUACCAAGUUCGCCAUGAGAUCACGAUGCAGCUCACGCACGGCGUCGUCACUAAUGAGCACCGUGGCGCACGGCAAACAAUGUUAGACGCCCCAGACGUCAUGGUGGUUUUUCGACGUCGUGGAGAGCGUCUGGAGACACCGCAGGCGGUGCUGCUCGCUACUCUGCACACCGAAGUGCGGUCCACGCGACGAGGUGACAAGCCUCUCCAUCCGUUUGACCGAUUUACACACAACGACUUCGAAUUUCUCGACGGCUGGUAUGAUGUCGACUGGUGCUACGAGAACAGAUUUAAGCUCGACGCAUGGAUGUUGAGGCAGUUCGGGCUCAUGGAUGAACCAAAGGAGCAACGCCGCUAUCUUACUUGGGAAGAGUUGAGAGAUGUUGAGAGAGACGUUAAGGGGGGCAGGAAUAGCCGCUUGAUAAAUGCCUUCGCGUUCAUUGCCAAAGGAGGAACUCGCGGAUUCCCUGAUUGCAGUCUCCCAGCUAUUCCAAGCCGACCUCCCCCGAAGGCUAGCAGCGUGAUCACCCCGAUGUUCGGAUACUUUAGACAUCAGAUUAUGGCCAAGGAUUUACAGGCCCGGCACUAUCGUCGAUCUGCUUUGUGGCAGGUUCUCGAACAAGUCAUAACGGAUGUCCCCCCAGAAUUGAAGGAGCUGGGGCUUGAACGCAGAGCCGCGCUUGCUCGGGUGGUCGCUACUCAUAGUCUUUCAGCAGCGCACAUCGAUCCCAACCAUGGAGGUCUUAAAGAGCGUGUGCUGACGCGGUUCCACGAGAUCUUGGCCAGUCGUGGUCAGAGCGAGUCGCGGAAGAGGAAGAGAGAUGAGUCAGACGAUUGA